AUGUCUGAUGCGCUUAAAUGGGGGGCUCUAGGUCGAGAAGAUCGUGCAAAAAUAUCUUUACAUGGCGUCGCGAAGUACUUUAAAAACGAGCCAGCUAAUAUCGAAGAAGAGUAUAUUAAAUUCUUUGAAGUACUGUGGUCAAAUUAAUUCUGUGGUGGCGAUGCAAUGUAAGUGAUGGGCAGUAACUCCUUUCCCCACUACUGUAAGCGAUUGCUGACUUGCCCACCAAUCAGGUUCCUUCUGGGUCAAUUUUCCAGAUUCACCAGGUGGCUAAACGACCCGAAGGAAAUAUCUACUUCGCUGGCGAGCAUCUUUCCAAACAUCAUACUUAGAUCGCUGGAGCCUUGGACUCUACCCUUACGUCAGUAAAACAGAUGGUUAGACGGAAUGUACCAGCCCUGGGCAAAGAACAUGUCUUGACGCAUGUCAAGAGUGGGCACUCUCAAGAGCCACCACACAUGGCAGAGUCGGUAAAGUCCGAUGCACGCAAGCUCAGCAUCACUUCGAUUGCUUCUCGUAUCAAAGUUCCAGCGCACUUGAAUGUACCAUUUGUUGAAGGAUCCUAG